UCAUCAACGUCGGUUGUUUAUUUUAUUUUUGUGUUUUAUUUCCUAAACUCGUAAUGAAAUUUGAUUCCAUCUAUCUGGUGGCCAACCUGGCCGGAUAUGAUUUCAACAACGUAAUUCUUCUAGCGGAUGACGUAAAUGCAAUCGUGUCGGAGCUUCUGCGGGCGACGGGUGACGAACGGGAAUGUUUGGAGCAUUGUGAAAAGCUGCUCUUUCUUGGGCACCUGUUGGAACGGGCCCUCGAAGCUAGCCGGCGGGUGGUGAAGAACUACGCUGCGCUGGAAGAGUUGCUACGGGUGAAUUGGUGCGACGAAAGGUCCACCGAACAGAAGUGGGAGCUGGUGCAGAGUGCGGCAGCGACAGCGGACGGUGAUGCCGGUCGAUCGGUUGCGGACUGGGUGGCGAAAAGGAUUUUGCUGGUUAAGAAUGGCGAAAAGUGCUUGGGCAUCGUCAAGGCAUUCUAUAAAAAGUUUUCCAGUAAAGAAGCGUUUAGAAAAGUUAUCGGUGAGGUGCACAAGGCGGCAGUUUGGAAGCAAACUGCUUGGGAUUAUUUCAAUCUAAAAAGUAGUGUGGAUCCGGAGAUAAAACAACGACUAAACGAUGUUCGUCAAGUUAAUGGUCUGUCAACCAGUGACCCCAAAGUGAUUUUGGAAAAUUGUCUUCAGUUGAGCUUGCCAUCGCUGGCGAAUUUAUCCGGCACCAAUUCUGUUUGCAAUGAACUUCUCAACAAAGCUUUAGCCGGUAUCGCAACUCACAUCGCAACGGAAAAUGAUGAAUUCAUCCAUCGACAGUUAUGUGCCAUUAGAAGAAUGACAAAGAACCAAGUUUUAGUUGAUCGGUAUCAAGAUCUUAUGAAGGUUCAAUCUUUCUACGAGGUAAAUGUACAACUUUUGAGGGUGCAUCAUAAGAAAUUGCAAACCAGGGAACUGCUCUACGAUUCCAGCACCAUACUGAUGUGUCAUUUGAUAUACCGUAAAACCCAAAAAGGACAAUUCCUAGAAGAUUUCCUGAACGAACAGGUUCUGGGGGGAGCAUCCAACCUGGAACUGAUUCUGGCCGAGAUGCAAAACUUCAAGUAAAUAAUGUUUUGUAAAUGAUUCACGUUUUAUAACGGUGAUCCCACAAACACCACGAACUGGAGAACUGACAACGGUUCAUUUCGCUCGUGCUCAUGACCGGUGAAUACGAAUCAAUGAGCUUUUUGACUGUGAAUGACUGCUGCUGGAAGAGGGAGUCAUCAGCCGUCAACUUUAUACGUGCGUGUCUACCAUUGCGGCCGACGCAAGACGUGUUAGUCAAGUGAGGUAAAAAUCGGAUAUUUACAGUGGAAAUUAGUACUUUCUUAUCGUGGCCGUCUUAUCAGUGCACAGGGAAGAUACAAACCGGUUUACGGUUACUUCAGGUGGCUAAGAAGAAGUGCGACGUUUUAUCGAAUUCCUACGGAAUCAACAUAAAGAAUCAGCCAAUUGGAGGAUGGCGAAAAACCCGACCUAACCGACGACAACCAAAACAGCAUCAGCUAUCGCAAUCAUCUUCGUCAUUCUCAUCCUCAUCAUCAUCAACAGCAGCAGCAGCAGCAAUUCUACCUCCACCAACAACAACAGCCAUUGCUCUACCAAAACCAACCGCCCCUGGCCGUUGCCGACUCUACCGGUUCUCUCGAUUUCGACUACUACGAAGAUAUGGACGAACGGGACAGCAUCUAUCUGGACGCUGUGUCCGUCAGUUCGGAUGGCACCCAGCGGAAGUCACUGUACCUUUCGCGACAAACCGUGUACCAUUCGGCGGAGGAGCUUCCACUGGACUCGGCAUCGGUGGUGGUGGACGGUUCCGAACCGAUACGAAGCAUCCAGGCCACCACCGAAGCACUACUGAAUGAUUCCCGAACCAACGGUGGUCUACCGAAUAUGCCUUACGAGCAACCGCGGAGCAGCGCCGGACCAUCCUCGAUUGUUUCCGGUGGCAUCCUGAAGCGACCGGGACUGACAACUAAAUACAAUGAAGAGGUGGCUACUCGUGACUAUUCUCCUCUUCUAUCUUCCGCUAGCACUAACAUGAUCGCCGCUGACCGUAAGCAUGUUGAGCCAAGACAGAUAGUUACAUAUUCGCUGUGGAAAUCUAGGACAUGGAACCGCUUCCAGGACGGCAACCGAGUGGUCGACUUCAUACUGGCCUUCAAUGGACAAAUCGCCGACAGGGUGGCAACGCGGAAGCGGGCUACCUACCAGCAAAAUCUGAUCGCCGAGGGUCUGGAAAUAGAGGUGGAAAGUUCACAGCGAAUUCAUUUCGUUAAGAUUCACGUCCCACGGGAGGUUUUGUCCCGGUACUGUGAGAUCAUGAAGAUGCAGAUGCCGAUCGUCAAGCUGAAGGAUCAGGAAAAUAUCAUACCGAAGGAUUUUAGUCUGAACAGUAUGCUGGCGCGGCUGUUUAGACGACCAUUGUUCAAGUUCGUCAUCAUUGACCGGGACAAAUUCCAGAAAAAAGAGUACCAGCUACAGCAUGAGUACUGCCGAGAGAAGUCCUACUUGUUUGAUGACGAAGCACCGGAGUUUUUUACACCGAGCAUCCGAAUAGCGGUGGCGCAUUUUAUUCUAGAGCGGACAUAUUUUAGCGAUAGCGAGGAGGAGAAGUAUGAUAUUGGUUUGCGCAAACUGCUUAAUGAUGGUGUUUAUUUAGAUGCGUAUCCCCUGCACGAUGGGAGUCCUGAUCUGCCCGAGCUCCAGUGCCAACGAACGCUACUGCUGCAGGAGUGGGCUUCGGUGGUGCGGUGGAUCAAACACCAACCCCUUGAUCACAUUAAGGAAUACUUCGGGGUCAAGAUUGCUAUGUAUUUUGCCUGGCUGGGAUUCUACACGCACAUGCUAAUAUCGGCUUCGGUCGUGGGUUUGAUAUGCUUCUUCUACGGACUGUUAACCUAUAGCAGCAACCGAAUCAGCCAGGACAUUUGCAAUGACAAUGGUACGAUUAUGUGCCCUCAGUGUGAUGCCAAAUGCGACUAUUGGUAUCUAAAUACAACGUGUACUACCUCGCAGUUGGCGUACAUUUUUGAUAACAAUUUCACCAUCGUUUUCGCUGUGUUCAUGUCUAUUUGGGCAACACUUUAUCUGGAAAUGUGGAAACGUUACUCUUCCGCCCUCCAGCACAGGUGGGGCGUCACGGAUUACUGUUCCCUCGCGGAACCUCCACGCCCACAGUACUUGGCAAGACUGAAAAACAGCAAAAAAACCAUCUUCAACAUUGUGACCGGUACCCAAGAGCCAUCCCCGCCGUUCUGGUCCAAACGUUUUCCCAGCUUUCUGUACAGCUAUUCGGUCAUCUUUCUUUUUAUCAUCCUCGCAGUCGCUGCCGUCUUCGGAAUCGUGGUUUACCGAAUGUCUCUGAUGACGUCUCGAAACAUUUACGGUACUCCCGAUACGGUGUCCUCCAAGUUAGUCCUACUACCGGCAACAGCAGCCGUCAUCAAUCUGCUCAUUUCAACCGUGCUGAAUUACGUGUACGACUACGUAGCGGUCUGCAUGACAGACAAGGAAUAUCGCAGGACACAGAGCGAAUACAAUGAAAGCCUCACGCUGAAGAUCUAUCUUUUCCAGUUCAUCAACUAUUACAGCUCGAUUUUCUACAUCGCAUUCAUUAAGGGGAAGUUCCCUGGCUAUCCGGCCAAAUACAACCGGAUACUAACCCUGCGGCAGGAAGAGUGCAGUCCGGGCGGUUGCCUGAUGGAACUGUGCAUCCAGCUGGCUAUCAUAAUGGUUGGCAAGCAGUUGAUUUCGCUUAUUCUGGAAAUUCUGCUGCCAUUUCUGUGGCAAAAGUUUCGCGAGUUUCGAAACGUAUUGGGCAUGGAGUCGGAAGAUUCGGAAAGCGGCGAAAAGCUGAUCUGCUGCAACCAGUGGACCAAAGACUUCACUCUGAUCAGCUGGCAUGAUAGGAGUUUGUUUGAGGAGUACUUGAAGAUGAUUAUUCAGUACGGAUUCAUAACUAUUUUUGUGGCAGCUUUUCCGUUGGCGCCCCUGUUUGCUCUUCUGAAUAAUGUUUUCGAGACAAGAUUGGACGCGAAGAAGUUUCUUUUGUACUACAAACGAGCGGUUCCGCAGCGGGUACGAGACAUUGGAAUCUGGUACAACGUUAUGCAUGUGCUGGGGAAAAUCGCUGUCAUCUCUAGUGCAUUUAUAAUCGCUUUUUCGUCCAACUUCAUCCCCCUGUUGGUCUACUUAAACGUUGUGAGCGAAAACAGAUCGGAUACCGGUUUCCUUAACCACACACUUGCCUACUUUAACGUUAGUGACUUCGAGCCGGGAGUCGCUCCGAUUGAGUCCAAGUUCGAAAAUGUCACCGAAUGCCGCUACCAGGAGUACCGCAACCCACCUGGAGUGGAACGAGCAUACAAGCGUCCUCUCAUCUACUGGCACAUCCUUGCGAUCCGGUUGGCGUUUGUGGUCAUCUAUCAAAACCUUGUGAGCUUUGUACAGAUCGUAGUAGCUUGGGCAAUCCCGGACACACCCGGUCGCCUUCAGGAUCAGAUCAAACGCGAACAGUACCUGACGAAUGAGUUUAUCAUUCAGCGCGAAAAGCAGCGAACGCAGGAGCGCAAAUGCGGCGGAGGUUUGCAGAGGAAUGGGAAGCUGCCACUCCGCCAGCAGCACAGCAGUCCCGGUGAGUACGGAGCAUCCAUUGGAUCGAUCGAGAUAGAUGAGGCCGCGGAUCCGUAUGCGAUGAGACACCGUCGGAGGCCUGCUAGUAAGCCGGCAACUGGGGGACACGAUCGCUUUCAGGAGUGCGAGAUAGUCACUUCCAGAGUAUAGAUUCUAGGGGCCACGCAGAAGACAAAACAAACGGUUUUGUAUAGUGUGACUCCGAUUAUACAACUCACAGCUACCAACUGUACUGAUAUGCCUUUUUGGUGUUACUUUUUUCUAAUUAAUUAUAGUGUAAGGCGUGUGCUUUCAGGAAACGCACCCCAGCAGAAAUGCUUAGAACAACCGUAGGUAGCCUUAAGAAGAACCAAAUUUUUUUCUCUCGAAAUGCCAGCCAAUUUAGAACAAACCUUUCCUAUACUAAACUAAAACUACUAAAUUGCAUGCACAAACGAAACAAGACGGGCAUAUAUUUGUUAUAUAAACUUUACAUUGAAUAUGAAAUCGGACAAACAUUUAAACGAAUAUUUAUUUCUAUCAAGAUAAAAAAAGAAAUGAUCAAAUAAGUAAUGUUAAACUUUAUACAAUUGACGCGAUUAGAAAGAAAAAACGUUUAACUAGCAACACUGUCUCCUGGUGCAUCAGCUAAAAAGGUAAAAUUUCGUUGCUAAAUUGUAUUCCUAAUGUAAGUCGUGAGUGAUAAUUUAUUUUAUAUUGGUUAAAAAAAAUUGCUGCUAAUUUUAGGGAAAUAAAAUAAAAAAAUGCAGAAAUGGCACGGUAACAGUGAAGUGAAGCCGGUAGAAGGGCUGUGUGAUGCAACACACUGCGCAUCCUGAGCUAGAAAUCAGCCUGCGGCGAAUAUGGAAACCAUCCCAACAGGUGUGUUCUUGUGUAAUAGGAGUAAUUCUAAUCAACUCUCCUAGCAACUAAUUUCUAACUGCUCAUUAUGACAUAGUACAAGAUAAUCUAGGUACUUCUAAAGAUCAAAGAGCAAAGACAUGAUGUGAUAAAAUUUUCGUCCAACAAUUCGAAAGCAGGAUUGAGUGAUGCCAAACUGGAAGUUCAAGGUAAAACUUCUCGCUAGCAAUACACCAAAAUAAUACGCCAUUACAGAACGAUAUAUUGAAGUUGAAUUAACACGAUGAAUCUGUAUUAAAGAAAUAAGUUGUGGGUUCGAGUCCCACCUGCUGAACUA